AUGUCGUUGCAACCAGAUAUCAAUGCCCUGCUGCACAACAUGCGUGCGCAGAUUCAGGCAUUAACGAGCCAACUCGCCGAGCUGCAGGCAAAUCCCCCUGCAGCAACCCCCUCGGUUGAGAAGAAAUUCAAUAAGAAAGUCGAAGUCGUCGCUGACCCUGGCACCUUCGAGGGAGACAGAGCAUUGCAGGAGUGCUACACCACGGGAGUGUGGCCCACCUGGGAUGAUCUCAAAGUAGAGAUUGAAAAAUAUUUCAAGCCGCAAGCUGAGCACGACUGGGCGCGUCAGCAGAUCCGUUCCUUCAAACAAGGCAACAUGAGGACAGAUGAUUUUGUAACCCGGUUCCUGGCCCUCUCCAUCCAAGGGGGCCUUGGUAAUGAACAUGCAGUGGAGCUGCUGGAACGCAAUGUGAACCCUCACAUUGCAGAACAGCUUUAUCUGCAGGAUAUGAGAAAUGAGAAUCUCUCUCAAGCAGCAGAGGAGGUUUGGAAAAUAGGUAGGGCCAUAGAGCUCUACAAAAUGCACCAAGGUGGCGAGACCACCAAAAACAACCAAUCCCAGAGGUGCCCUGGGUCAUCAAACCAUCAAAAUCAUUCUCACAGGUUCAAGCUGUCAGGCUGCAACCAGGGCAGGGAGCCCCCAUGGAUAUCGGUGUGGUCCAAGGAGGACAGAUGCGCAGAUUCAAGGGGAACUGCUACAAUUGCGGCCAAGAAGGACACAUGGCGCCAGGCGCGCCAAUCAGAAACUGAAAAACCGGACAAUCAGCUCAAUACUCUGGCCGGUCGUUCGUACGAGGAAAUCCGAGUUUUCUUCUAUGACCAACAGGUCAAUGAAAUGAAGGCUCAGGGAAAAGAGUUUGGAGCUUAG